AUGGAUAAUGAAGGGGAAUCGCAGAAACUACUUCUAGAGUUUAAGGAAAUAGUUGGAGCUGUUGUUAUUCUUACUAUUCCGCUCUCGAUUAACGCUCUAGGCCAGCUUCUCGAUAGAGAAACAGAUGAUGUCAAAUGUCGCUUAGAUCGAUUUCACUCAGUGCUUAAUGUACCGAGCGAUUUCGAUACACCCGUUAAGAUUCUCUAUCUGUCAUUCCGAGACUUUCUGUUAGAUUACUACAAAGACAAAAAUGAAUUCUAG